AUCUAUAAUAACAUUGAGGUCAUCAAGUGAUGAUUAUCAUUAUAUAACACACGCGCUCACUUUUGAAGCAAUCCGACGUAGACACCACCACCACCUUGAAUAAUUGCCCACCAAGCUUUCUUCUUCGCACCACGACGAUCAACACAACACCAACACAACACCAACCAUGGCACCAUCAGCCAUCUCACCCCCUCGCUCACCCUCCCCAUCCCCUGCCGUCACCCAAGCACAAAUGUCAUCCUACCUCAACUACGACCACGUGCACUGGUACGUCGGCAACGCCAAACAAGCAGCCGCUUACUACAUUGCGCGCAUGGGAUUCGAAAAGAUCGCCUAUCGCGGCUUGGAGACCGGGUCUAGAGGACUCGCCUCUUACGUGAUCAGAUGCGGCGGCGUCACUUUCGUGUUGACUUCUCCUCUGCGCGGAUUGAGCAUGUUGCAUGAUGUGCCUGAGGGCGAGAGGGAGAUGGUGAAGGAGGUGCAUGCGCAUCUGGAAAUGCACGGGGAUGCUGUUAAAGAUGUGGCUUUUGAGGUUGACUCGGUGGAUGCCAUCUAUGACGCUGCUGUCGAGGGCGGUGCAGUUUCCAUCCACGCACCCAGAGUCAUCCAAGACGGCAAGAACGGUUGGGUCAAGACUGCCACCAUCCAAACCUAUGGAGAAACCACCCACACCUUGAUCGAGCGUCAAAACUACACUGGCGCCUUCCUCCCUGGUUUCCGCCUCGAGCCCGCCGUCAAGGAUCCCCUGAACCUACUCCUUCCCCCCAUCACUCUUGACGCCAUCGACCACUGCGUCGGCAACCAAGACUGGGAUGGCCUGGAAGACGUAUGCGCCUACUACGAAAAAGCCCUCGGCUUCCAUCGUUUCUGGUCCGUCGACGACAAGACCAUGUGCACCGAAUUCUCCGCCCUGAAAUCCGUGGUCAUGGCUUCCCCCAACGAAGUCAUCAAGAUGCCCAUCAACGAGCCCGCCGCUGGCAAGAAGCAAUCGCAGAUUGAAGAGUAUGUUGACUUUUACGGUGGUGCUGGUGUUCAGCAUGUUGCUCUGCGCACUAGAGAUAUCAUCACCGCGAUCAGAAACUUGAAGGCCAGGGGUAUGGAGUUCAUCAAGGUGCCCGAGACUUACUAUGUGGCUAUGAGAAAGAGAUUGGAGUUGGCUGGUAUGGUGUUGGAUGAGGAUUUUGAUGUCUUACAGAGUCUGGACAUCCUCAUCGACUUUGAUGAAGGCGGUUAUCUCCUCCAGUUGUUUACUAAGCAUCUGCUGGACCGCCCUACCGUCUUCAUCGAGAUCAUCCAACGCAACAACUUCGAGGGCUUUGGUGCUGGUAACUUCAAGUCACUCUUCGAGGCCAUCGAGAGAGAGCAGGAAAUGCGCGGCAACCUGAUCUGAACUCGGCCACACCCGAUCCACGAAGGUAACACAUGAUUGCAUGCAAGAAAGCUCGCAGAGACAAGUAGAUUCGCGGAAAGAGACAAGAUUCGAGUAGACCUCAUAACGACAUGGAGGAACUAAGAUGGCUGCAUGAAGGAAAUCGAGCUCAAAUGGUAGCGAAUCGCUCCGGCCUACGAACUCGAAAGGAGAGAUAGAUGGCUUUGAGCUCGAAGAAAUACUGACAUGGAGGAAAUCGAUGAUGGAGAGAAGAAAUUACAUACACAGAGACUCGGAAAGUCAAGCUCGGUAGAAGAAAUGAUAAUCAAGUGCAC